UGGGCCCUGAGAGUGAAAGAGAGUAGCAGUCGGGGAAAGCCAGGCCUGUGGAUGCGAGUGUGCGGCGAUAGCGCCAUGUGAAUUGUAUUUUUUUGUUUAAUACGGCAAAUGCAUAUUUAAAAAAUGAGACUCUUUGUGGUGGCUUUUGGACUCGUGCUCACCCUGAGGGUGGCCCACGCGGGCCUGGCGGUGCAAUCGAGGGUCCUCUGCGGAGUCCACACUUGUUCGGACAACCAGUAUUGUAAUAGUUUCGGGAAUAUUUGCUCAGACUGCAGCAACAUUUGCGAUCUCAAGUCACACAACUACGAACAUCAACAAUGCUUCGAUAAGUGCCAAGGUUAUAUUCACGACCAGCAGUUCGCAAGCAAAAGCGAGUCUGUCAGACUCACCAACAGUUUAAGAGAUUUGACAGUUGAAGUGAAGAAGCUGCAAGUACUCGCAUGGUUCAGCAUGACGUUCUCGGGAGUGGCGGCCGUGUUGCUCCUCUGGAUCGGCUGCAGCAAAUUGACCAGCGCCAAAAGAAAGCACGGCGGAGUUGUGCCGCUCUUGAGAACCAAACUUAGGUCUUUCAAGAAACCGGUAAAGGAGGAUUUGAAGGUUGAGUCAUCAACCGGCUUGAAGCUGGCGAUUUCGGCGCCGCAGAACUUGAACGACACGACACCCACGUGCUCCACCACCUUGUCCGGCACAAUAGAGUCGAGGACGCCGCCAACCCUGACAAGCUACAAACACCGCAGUCCGUCUGAGGACAACGUGCUCGACUACUCGUACGACAACAAGGCCAUGUUGGGUUCGCCCGCCUCCUUCGCUAAGGGGGUCGAGUUCAACUCGAGCGGCGAGGAGAGAUUUUGAACAAACACAAAAGUGUGAUAUGGGAUAAGUGCAACAAAACGGCAACGAUUGGUUGAGUGGGCCAAAUGCAAUUUUGAUAUUAAUUAUUACUGGCUGUACAUUUGAUUGUUGACUUUUAACUUUGGUGGAGAGUGCAGGAAUAAAAAUGCAGUGCGCUUCAAAGAA